AUGCUGAAAUUCUCGUUGGAUAAAAGAAACAUUUAUGCUUUUAUCAAGGCACUUAAAACUAUAAUCAAGUUUAGCGGUGAUAUCGUCAUAUAUGGUGAUACCGAAGGCGUAAGUUCAAAGUUAGUCUUUUUGUCCCUGGGAGUUCAAGGGACGGCUUAUUUGCAAUUAAUCUUUCCGAAUCAAUUCUUUGAGCGGAUAGUAAUAUGCGGACGCGAUCAGACAACAACUUACAAAAAGAGCAAUGAUUUGAGAACAUACGCAAGAAAACGUGAAAUUACUCUUGAUUCCCCUGAUGCGGUCGCAGUAAAGAUUGUAUCGCAGAAUUUGAAAAAUGCAAUAUUUCCCCCAGCAUACAUUAACUCAUACGAAUGGGAAGUGAAUUCCGGUGCGCUUAUAGGAUCUUUCAAAACGCCACCGAAUUUGCUUGUUGCUACUUGUGUCUUGAACAGCGGGCAUGUAAAGACUGAUCGGAUUAGAUGCACCGAUGCAGAUAUAAAACUUCCACAGUUACAGAUCUCUCACGAGUAUCACAUUCAAAUGUUUUCUCGUACGCUUCAUAACAUACUGAAACCAUUUGAUACCGGAAAGAAAAACGAAUUCGGAUCGAAGGUGACGUUAUGGGCCAAAGAAGGAGAGUCGCGUCGUCGACUAUACAUUCAGACUGACUAUGAAGCAAUACCUGGUCAUGAUGGAACCAUAGUGUCGAAAGAGAUACCUGAUAAUCUCGUGUUAAUUCAUAAUCUAGAUCAGUGGGUAUAUGUGAAUUUCGAUGUUGCAGAAUACAAGACGAUUAUAUCUCUGUUCAAAGGAAUACAUAAGCAUAAAAAAUUACAACCAACAAGCAACUCAGAUGAUGAUGAUACAAGAAUAGAGACGAAUUUUCAAUUAAAAAAUUCAAGUAUUAACCCGGUUAUGGAAAUAUCUGGUAUUGAAACUGCAUGCCCAAUUCGAAUAAUGGGAUAUCUAAGAGCUACUGCGAAAUUUGUUAACCCUAUGCGGCCAGAACCUGUGAUUCAAAAUGCGCCUAUAAAAACCUUCACUUCCUCAUUAUCAUAUUCGCCUUCCUCUUCAAGUAAUAAUAUCGCUCCAUUAACUCCUCAACAUCCUCGAGGAUCAUUCGAAUACAAAGAAGAAGGAUUUAUUACUCCACUUCAUCGCACAAGCGCGCAUCAAGGUAUGAUUACCCCAGAAGUUACACCACACAGAUUGCAACGUGAGAACACGGUCGAAGUGUUAGAUGAUGCAAUUUCACAGGUGUCGCUUGACGAACAAAAUGAUUUAGACGAAAACGAAAAUAUUGAUUUCUGUCAUCCUCAUAAAAAGCCUCGCCCUCUUAUUGACUUUCCGAAAUAUGAAGAGAAGGCUGAUGAAACGGAUCUUACGGCUCGAUACUUUAAGUUGAAGAAAAGUCAAACGAGGGUUGAUCAAUAA